GCUGUAGAGCCCGUCAAAUCAUCUUCCCAUAGAAGUUGAUCAUCUUAUCACGAGGCGAUUGCGAGAUGGUCUGUUGGUGUUUGGAUGUGAUGCUAAUUUUAUUCCGAUGGCACAAAUGGAGCCGAUGAGCAAGCUUAGAGCUUCUUUCAACAAGGAAACGGAGUAAGAGCGUUGACAAGUGGAUACAGUACGAUGGCGCCUGGUAAUCUCAAUCUCAAGAAGUCGUGGCAUCCUGGUUUGUUGAAGAACCAGAAGAAAGUAUGGGAAGCUGAGCAGGAGGCCCUUUCUGAGCGUAAGAAGAUUCAAGAGAGGCAAGAGGAGAUUAGUAAACAGAGGGAGCUUGCUGAGCUUCGGGGGUUACAACAUGCCAACGGUGGCAAGAAGGUUCAAGACAGGGUUGAAUGGAUGUACGACACGUCUAAGGUUGGCAGCGGGGGCGCAGCCGACGGUGGUGAUGGCGAUGACGAGUACCUAUUGGGCAAGAAAAGGAUCGAUCAAUUGAUUGUGAAUGCCAAGGUCAAAGAGUUUAAACAAGGGUUUGAUAAGUUACAAGACCAUGGAGCGUCGAUUCCGUCUCAGCAACAGGAACUGAGUAUGAGCAGAGAUGACCCCAUGGUUAAGAUACGACAACAACAGGCUCUGAGACUGAGGCUGCUGAAAGAGCGUAGGGAUGGAUCACGCAGUAGGGAGCAUAGGUCCAGAGAUGGUGAGCGCAGAGAUGGUGAGCGCAGAGAGGAGAGACACAGAGGUGAGAGACACAGAGGUGAGAGACACAGAGGUGAGAGACAUAGACAUGAUGACCGCAGAGGCGAAAGGCAUAGCCAUGGUGAGCGCAGAGAGCACAGGCACAGAGACGAGACCAGCACCGGAAGUGAAAGACUCCACUAUACAAGCAAUAAGUAAUCAGACGGCACAGAUCUCAAGGACAGAGGUCCCAACAGCAGGUAGCAGCGUAGCCCGGCAUCGCAUACGUAAGAAGCAGUGCUAGCCACGCACUCACAAUACUACACCCUCUCCAGUAACAUUUCACCUAGUGCACCCUUCGCUGACAGCACACAGAUAGACCCCACCGGAACACACGAUGUACCGUCUACUCACACGAGUGGAACACCACCACUGUAACCACCACUGUAACCACCACAACAACAGCAUACCGGACCAGGUGUUAACACCACGCACCCACCACAGCCCCGGCAUCUCCACUAUCACCGACCUCCUGUACACCCCAAUCCAGGUGUUAC